AUGGUGGACGUGAUGCAGAAAUCUGUGUUGGUACCUUACGAGAAGUACAACCGCCUCAUGACACUUCAGGAGACACAUCGCGCGAAUUCCGAAGCAGACGCGGAGAGAGACGUGGCAGAAAAUGUACCUGAAAACACGAUAGCCCUACCACACCCGGAGAAAUCACAGAACCUUGACAUGUCAACUCAGACCGAAUCCGAGGACUCGAUAAAACCUGAAACAACAUCAGCCAAUUUAUCUACGAAGGAAUCCGAGGAAUCGCUAAUCACAGAAAAGCCAGUACGCAGAUAUAUGAGAAAGAGUUGCAAGGAAAAAGGAAGAAAGCUACAAAAACCAGAAGGAGUCAGUAAAACACAAACAGAUGUCAACAAUCCAUCAUACUUUGUGAAAGAAAAAACUACUUAUAAAUUAUCGGAUAGCAACCCUUACAAUGAGACAAAGGAGGGGGAUUAUAAUCAUUUGAGAGAUAAAGAUUCCAGGAGGAAAAAUGUGGAAGAUACGUAUCAACACACAAAACCUUUUUCCAAUGGAAAUAUUUCUAACUACGAUUCAACAGCAUAUCAUCAGAAUCAGGGACCAAGAUUUACAGGCCAAAUGACACCACAAGAUGAAGAACAAGUCAGUAGUACCUAUUCUGAGAUAAACAAUUCGAAUCAAAGCACAUAUUUUGUGCUAGAAAAACCAUCUUCCUACGAAUUCGUUGAUGAUAGUAUGUUAGAUUCGGAGAGUCCUUACAAUGAGACUGAGGAGGGAGAUUACGACCAUCUGAGAAACAAAGAUUCUCGAAAGAAAGAUACAGAUGACACGUAUCAUCACGCCACUUUUGAAGGCAAUAGAGAUAUGUCUGAUUACAGUAUCUCAAUCGCAGACCCUCAACAAGAACUCGAGAGCACAUAUGAUCAUAUGCAUGAACCAUUAAAUCUACAGAGCAAUUCAGAUUAUGGAUAUAAUUACAUCGAUCCUAAUAUAAAACACUAUAAGUAAAUGCUUUUAAAGCAGGAUUUUUUUAUGAAAUGAAUUUCUUUUAUAUCUACGUUAACUGAAGA